GUGUCUGCACUGCCCGGACGCGGCCCUUCCGGCGGAGGACCCGCGCGGGGAGGAGGAAUGGCUGCCGCCCUGCUCACGGCCUGGCCCCAGGGCUCCACAGCAUUCAGCAGUGUGCAUGUUGCUUUUGCCCAGGAGGGGUGGAGACACGCGCCCCCUGCUCCGAGGGACAGGUUGAAAGAGGGGACACCAGAAAAGUCCAGAAAUCUGGUCCUGCUGGCACUUCCAAUAUCCCGGCCUGGCAUGAACUCCCAGCUGGAGCAAAGCGAAAUCCCCUGGAUGCUGGAGAGAGACGGCCCAGGCAGUACCUGUCCAGCCUGGAAGAUUGCCCCCGCCUCGGCAGCCGGGCAAGCCUCUUGUGAGCAGCCAGGCCCCGUUGCUGCAGCGGAGAUGCCCCCUGGGGAGCCAGAGCCGGGGACCAGGGCGGGGCUGAGCUCCAGCUUGAGGCCUGUCCUUCCUGCGCAACACAGAGCCCCUGCAGCGGCAAGGCCUCGCCGGCGCGGAACGUGUUCCGAGCGCUCUCAGAAUUCAGAAGUCGUUCCACCGCGCAGAGCGAAGCCGUUCCCGUGUAGCGAGUGCGGCAAAGCCUUCAGCUACUGCUCCUCCCUUUCUCAGCAUCAGAAGAGCCACACCGGGGAGAAGCCCUACAAGUGCAGCGAGUGUGGCAAGGCCUUCAGCCAGAGCUCCGCGCUCAUUCAGCACCAGAGAACCCACACCGGGGAGAAGCCCUACAAGUGCGGUGAGUGCAGGCGCGCCUUCAGCCAGAAGGCGAACCUCACCAAGCACCAGUGCAUGCACACGGGAGAGAAGCCCUACAAGUGUGGCGAGUGCGUGAAGGCCUUUAGCGACGGCUCGGCCCUGGUCCAGCAGAGAAUCCACACCGGCGAGAAGCCCUACGAGUGCCCGGACUGCGGCAAGGCCUUUCGCCACAGCGCCCACCUCACCAGCCACCAGCGCUUGCACACCGGGGAGAAGCCCUACGCCUGCACGGAGCGUAGCAAGGCCUUCCGGUGCAGCUCGGCCUUCCUCCACCACCAGACUGCACGCUGGGGAAUAACUGGGACUUGGGACAGGUGACAGCCUCACAGGCAGCAACUGCACAGGCAGAAUCUUCAGUGCCAAGGAUCCGGGGAACCUACACUCAGUCCAGACUGGUCUCCCUCUGAGGGUACAGGUGAGAAGAGGCCUGGCUAACCAUGGACAGGCGAGUUACAAGUGACCCCACAUGAGGAGGCAUGGCCUAUUUCUCAUGGAGACCCAAAUGGGAAGAACCAAGAACGAAGUCAGGGCUGGGGAUAUAGCUGAGCGGCACAAGCACCUGCCUGGCAAGUGCAAGGUCUUGAGCUCAACUACCAAAACAAAGGUAGUCCAAGAACAGAGAAGUCAAAACGUGAGAUUGGGAGGGGGUGGCUGCAGCAGUCCUCCUCCUAAUGGAGGGGCACAUGGUCCAGGUUUCUGGGCAGCCUGCUUUUCUCCCAAACAGCCCUGAGCGCAGAAUGCCUGUGCCUCCCCUUUCUCACCAGCUCCCUCUCCAGUACACAAAACAGGGCUGCUUUGAGACCACGCCCUCAGACUGCAGGCCUCAGCCGCCGAGGGCGAGUUAUAUGGCUGACUCCCGUGCUCAGACCUUCUAGAUCAUCCACCCUACUUUAAUCCUUGAGGGGCCACACACAAAGUGAGAGCCCAAUCUUUUCGGGUACCCAAAAGCCCUUGUAGGGAGCACUUCAAACUGCUGUCUGUCCCAGUGCCCGGAGUCUUUUUCAGACAGGGCCUUGCCAUGCAGUUCAGGCUGGCCUUGAGCUUACUUUGUGGCCCAGACUGGUCUCCAAGGAUACUCCCAGGCACUGAGAUUGUAGUGCCACCACAUCCAGCUUUUUUUUUUGGUAGUGCCACAAGUCUCAAAGGUACACUGAGCACAGGGUUAAGGUGAAGCUUUGAACUGGGGAAACAGCCAGUGCAGAGGGUGGCCUGCAGUUAUCACAUCAGAUGACUCCCAUAGGACCCUGGCAGGGGUCAGAUCUUACUGUCAGUGCUUCUGAGCCCUGGCUGUACUAACUCUGCCCUGGACUGCCAAACCUCCCAGAUUAAAACUGGCUGAAGUGCA